AUGGGUAACUUGGUGGGCGAAGUAGAAUCGUUGAUCGACCAUGAUGAUACAAUAUCGAAAGUAGCCUCUGCCAUAAUGCAGCGCAGCACACGACUGUCUAAGACUCACUGUUGUAUGAGCGGUCUUAUCAUUUUCCAUGAGCAACAAUAUUUAGCAAUGCGUUGUGCAGCGCCGCUGUUGCUGGAUGGUUACACAACCGCAAUACAACAAACCUACGGAGUGUUACCAGCAAGCCCAUUGAUUAUUAUGGCGACCUCCAAGCUUAGACGAUCCGCCAAACCUACAGCAACUGACAAAAGUGGCUGCUACGUCAAAAUAGUCGGGAUGCACCUCCGUGCUUGCGUUUGGAAGAUGGGCGGUCUUCCCAAUCAGGUAACCCGGACGACACUCAUUGAGGCGGGGAAUCCCGAUCCAGUAAAGCCUGGGUCAGGGAUACAGCGAAGUGGUACCUUUCCGAAUAAGGAAGCGCCGAGGUCUGUAAGUGGAAACGGUCUGUUUGUGAACACAUUGCCUGGUAUCUCAAUUCAUAUUGUCGCGCUGGUGGAUGAUAUCUACUAA